CCAGCGCUGGGGCAAGUCCCCUAUUGGCGUCCAUGUGCCCACCCCGGCCCCAGGCGGACGGGGCCCCCACUAUGACCGAGAAGGAAGAGAUGGGGUGCGCCCCCAGCCCCGCGCCUGCUCCACCCCCACCGCCGGCCUCACCUGGGCCCCCAGAGGUGGAUGAAGGGGCCCCUUCAGGCUCCUCCCCCCCUAGGCUGCACCCUGGGGUGCCGGUCAUCAGCCUGGGCCACUCCAGGCCCCCUGGGGUCGCUGUGGCCGAGCUCAGUGGCCUGAGGCCGUCCCUGCAGCUGUCUGCCCCGCCCCCGUUGGCCCUGCACUACCACCCUCACCCCUUCCUCAACAGCCUCUACAUUGGGCCAGCAGGAGCUCUGGGCAUCUUCCACAGCAGCAGGCUGAAGCGACCCAGUCACUGUGAGCUGGAGCUGGCUGAGGGGCACCAGCCGCAGAAGGUGGCGCGUCGCGUGUUCACCAACAGUCGGGAGCGCUGGCGCCAGCAGAACGUGAACGGCGCCUUCGCCGAGCUGCGGAAGCUGCUGCCCACGCACCCGCCCGACAGGAAGCUGAGCAAGAACGAGGUGCUGCGCCUGGCCAUGAAGUACAUCGGCUUUCUCGUGCGGCUGCUGCGGGAUCAGGCGGCCGCACUGGCCGCAGGCCCGGCCCCGACCGGGCCCCGCAAACGGCCGCCGCCGAGGGGCGCAGAGGACGGUGCGCGCCGUCGGGCUGAGCCAAGGGCGCACCGGCCACCGCCAGCACCUGCAGGCCCCGACGACAGUCACCCGGGCGGGACAGGCCGGCCCAUCAAGACAGAGCAAGGGGCCUUGAGCCCCGAGGUGCGGUGACAUCCAAGGGGGCCGCCUCUGAGCCCCGGGGGCGCCGGGGACUCGUCCAUCCCAUUCGUCGACGAAAGGGCGCGCGCUGCGCUGCACCUGCUUGGAGGCGAAUUUCCCACCCAGCCCGGAGGGGAGCCGAGAAUGGGGGUUCAGGGAGGGUCCAGAGACCCUCUUGAGACAGAGAGC